AUGAAGGGAGUUCAACAAAUUAGCAGAUGGGGAAAGCUUGUCCUAAGAUAUAUUGGUUCGUUCCAGAUUGUUGAACAUAUUGGAGGUAUUUCAUAUCGGCUAGAUCUUCUAACAUCGAUGUCGAGCAUACAUGAUAUUUUCCAUGUUUCGAUGCACAAGAAGCAUUUACGUAAUGAGGAGCAGCUGCGAGUGUUGGACGCACCGGAGGUUGAGAUUCAUGAUGAUUUGACCACUAUUGAGACUCCAGUUCGUAUUAUUGCAAGAGAAGAAAAGAGACUUAGAAAUAAGGUGAUUCCUUUAGUCAAAGUUUAA